UGUAGCGCAUAGUGUGGAUCCACCCUAACAGCAGUUUGCUUGGCAAAACGGUGCGGCUACCAAAACAAAAUGUGGUUCGAAAUUCUGCCUUCGUUCGGAAUUAUUACGGCCGUCCUGUCCGUUCCAGGAUUCGCCCUUUACGGUUUGCACAAGCUGACGCUGGAUAAUGCCUACCGGCGCAAUACCGAUGAGAGAUGGGAACGCGUGAUGUACACCAGAGAUAUGCGAUUGACCGGCAAUCCCUACCAGUGUAACGGUUUGGAGGCCAUCCCGGAUAAGUAAAACCGAGGCAUGCUUGGGCGACUCGAUGUGGUAACUGUUGGUUGAAUGUAGAAUAAAGCGAGCACAGGUUACAAACCGGA